AUGAUGGCGAGACGAUACGAUGGCCUCAAGUCAUUGAUGGAGUCUCAAACAUUGUCACAGGAUGAUAUUAAAACUACAUCGAAGGAGAUUGAUGAACUCACUGAAUCAGUACAAUACUUCAAGUCUUAUAUUGAGUCUGUUGGCGAGCUACAGGAACUGAGCCAACUACUGGAGCUCGAGAGCAAUGAGGAGACUCGAGCAAUGAUUGUCGCCGACUUGAAACAGAUGGGCGAGGCACUGACCGAGUUGGAAAAGUCAUUGAUAUACAGUCUGUUGCCAUCGGACAAGGACGACGAUGGCAAUGCAAUCAUAGAGAUACGCGCUGGCACUGGCGGUGGCGAGGCUCAACUUUUUGCACUGGAGAUGUUCCAAAUGUACGAAGGAUACGCCAGCCAGAAGGGCUGGCGCUUCGAGUCGCUCGAUGUGUCGGGCACAGAUGUAGGUGGCGCACGCGAGUGCUCCGCAUCGAUCAGCGGCAAGGGAGUGUUUGGCUUCCUGAAGCACGAGUCUGGCGUGCAUCGAGUACAGCGCAUACCCGACACAGAGACACAAGGCAGGAUUCACACGAGCACAGUGACAGUGGCCAUCCUUCCCGAGCCCAAGGAGGUGGACAUCAAGAUCAACGACCGCGACCUCAAGAUCGAUGUGUACCGAUCGUCGGGCAAUGGUGGCCAGUCUGUCAACACGACAGACUCGGCCGUGCGCAUCGUCCAUUUGGCCACGGGCAUCACCGUGUGCAUGCAGGAUGAGCGAUCACAACUGCAGAACAGGACCAAGGCCAUGAAGGUGCUGCGUGCGCGUCUCUACGAGAGAGAGCGCAUCCGUUUGCAGACUGAGCGCUCCACCGACAGGAACUCACAGAUUGGCAGCGGCAUGAGAUCCGAGCGAAUUAGAACUUACAACUUCCCACAGGAUCGUGUCACCGAUCAUCGCGUCAAUGUUUCCACCAAAGAGAUCGACUCUAUAAUGUCUGGCGAGACACUUGGUGAUCUGAUCGAAGAUAUUAUGAUACAAUUCCAGCUGAAGGACCUGAAUAAACUGGUUGGUGAUGGUGCUGAUCAAUGA